AUGUUGUUAACAACUACAAAUACUAAUGCCAAAGAACCAAACUCAAAAGUAACAUCAUAUUACGGUCAAUCGAUCAAACCUAAUAUAGGUAAAAUCACUUUUGGUAAUUAUGAAUUCGAACCAUGGUUCGGAAAUCCUGCUUACUUUUAUCCAACAGAAGGAAAACUUGAUAUGUUGGGUUAUUCUUAUUCCAAUUUAGUGACUGCAAAUCCCAAUAAUCGUUUAAGACCAAAAAAUUAUGAUAAGAAUGAUUGUUUUGUAGAUCAUUUAUUUGUUUGUGAAUUUUGUUUCAAAUAUAGUUCAAAUGAAUCACAGCUUAUUCAACAUAGUUCAGCAUGUAAAUAUAAUACUGACAAGCCCGAAGUUGGCAAAUUGGUAUAUUAUGAUAAGGAAAAUAGAAUAAUUGUUAGAGAAGUUCAAGGAUUUAAAGACUUACUAUUUUGUCAAAGUCUAUCAUUAUUUGGUAAAUUAUUUUUAGAUGACAAAAGUGUUUAUUAUAAUUUAGAUCAUUUUAAUUUUUACAUUUAUUAUGGGAUAGAUGGAAGAAGUUCAAAGUAUAUACCAAUGGGCUUUUUUUCAAAGGAAAUGAUAGCUUAUGAUCCAACAAUUAAUUUAGCAUGCAUUUGUGUAUUUCCUCCAUUUCAAAAUAGACAUAUUGGAUCUUUUUUAAUUGAGCUUCUGUAUCAUUUAGCAAGUAACCCACAAAGUGGACCAGAAGUUCCUUUAUCACCAUAUGGUAAAAUUGUAUAUUUGAAGUAUUGGUCACGACGACUAGCUUCAAUAAUUUGGAAAGAGCAAAUAAAUGGGGAAACAAGUUAUACUUUGGAUCAAUUAUCAAAUGUAUCAGGAUUUAGAAAAGAAGAUAUAUUAUACACAUUGGAACAUAUGAAUAUAUUAGCUACAUCAUCUAAAAAUGAAGUUGUUCAUUCUAUAGUAAAUUUUAAAAAUUGGCUACAAUUCAAUAAUAUUAGUGCAAAUCAAAAUCUACUUGACACGAAAUCUAUUCAUGUAUGA